AUGGGCAAGGACACUUUCGAGCUGGCGGGCCAGCAAUGGCCAAAGGUCACUUGGUAUAAAAUGAAGGGAAUGCGCUUCGUCUAUCUUACUCUGUGGGCGGCUAUGAUCACCUCCGCUACGAACGGAUACGAUGGUUCAUUGAUGAAUGGAUUGGAAGCUAUGGCAUCCUGGAAUAAAUCCUACAAUAACCCCCAAGGCGCCACUCUUGGACUUCUCGCUGCUUCCAUGUCUAUCGGAUCGAUGCUUUCCAUUCCUGUGGUACCAUAUGUUGCCGAUAUGGCGGGUAGACGUGCUGGUGUUGUUACUGGGUGCAUCAUUAUGCUGUUUGGUGUUGCGAUGGUCUCGAUUGGCUACCACAUUGCCUUAUUUGUGGUCGGUCGCAUUGUUCUUGGAUUUGGGCUUGGAAUCGCGCAGGAAUGUUCCCCUCUGCUCGUAACCGAGUUGGUCCAUCCCCAACACCGAGCUGUCUAUAGCUCCAUUUAUAACUCCCUGUGGUACGUGGGAAGCUUGAUUGGCGCGUGCGUCGCUUUGGGAACAAAUCACAUUAUCGGAAGUGAAUGGUCAUGGCGCGUACCGUGUCUUUUGCAGGGUAUUCCGUCUAUUUGCCAGCUCGUAUUUAUCUGGACUGUGCCCGAGUCUCCUCGUUGGCUCAUUUCAAAGGGAAAGCUUGCAAAGGCGAAGCAAGUGCUCGCCUACGUUCACGCUCAGGGCGAUGAAGACGACGCAUUAGUCAACGCGGAGUUUGAUCAAAUCCAACAGACCAUCGCGCUGGAGAAGGAGCUCGAAAACAAUGGCUGGUCCGAGUUCUGGUCUACUAAGGGUAAUCGACACCGCUCGAUCAUUCUCAUCUCGAUUGGUUUCUUCUCCCAGUGGUCUGGAAAUGGAAUCGUGUCAUACUUCCUGCCUACGGUUUUGAAAAUGAUCGGAAUCACCAAUAGCAACACCCAACUCACUAUCAACCUCAUUCUCAGCGCUGUCAACGUCGUAUCUGCAACCGGCAUCUGCUUCUUCGUGGAUUACUUCGGUCGUCGCAAGCUCUUCCUGACAUCCAGUGUCAGCAUGCUCGUGUGCUUUAUCGCGACUACUAUUGCACUCGCUCGUUUCGACGCGGAUCUGCCGAGUACCAACAGUAAUGCAGCUCACACAGUUAUCGCCUUCAUCUUCCUCUUCUACAUCUCAUACAAUAUCGGAUUCAGUGGCAUGCUUGUCUCCUACUCCUCCGAGAUUCUGCCAUACCGUCUUCGUGCCAAGGGUCUAACUCUCAUGUUCUUCUGCGUUGAUCUUAGUCUUUGGUUCAACCAGUACGUCAACCCGAUCGCCUUGCUAAACAUUCACUGGAAAUACUACAUCUUCUACUGUGUUUUCUUGGUGUUUGAGAUCUUUGUGGUUUGGAAAUACUAUAUUGAGACGAAGGAGAUUCCGUUGGAGGAGAUUGUCAAGAAGUUCGAUGGUGACAGCGCAGUUCUUGGUGGUGCUGCUGCCAGUGAGAAGAUUCAACAGAUUACUGGGCAAGCUACGGAAUUUGAUGGCGAGAAGGCUAUUACGACACAGGUUGAAUAUCGCGUUUAG